CAGCCGGAGACGCUCCGCUCGGACUCGCAGCAACGCGCCCUCGCCCCGGUCCCUCGCCCGGGAUGUACCUCUCUCGCGUCGUGGCUUGCGGCCUCUUCCUCGCCCUGCUGGCCCUCGGGCUGGAGGCGAAGCCGGCCGCCCCGCAGCACCUGCAGAAGGUAAGGCGGGAGCCUCGACGGAGCGCGGCGGCGCUGGGGCGCGAACUGGCGGGGCUGCUGGAAGCGUCGUCGGGGCCCGCGGCGGGCGCGGCGGCGCGCGGCGGAGGCACCAAGGCGGGCUCGGGCUCCGGCGGCACCUCGUCCUCCCAGCAGCAGCAGCAGCAGCAGCAGCAGCAGGCGCGGGGCAAAGGCUCGUCGUCGCGGCUGCUGCGCGACCUGCGCACCGACAGCAAGCAGGCGCGGGCGGGCUGGGCGCGGCUCGUGCACCCGGAGCACCACGGCGGCGGCGGCGGCGGAGGAGGCGGCGGCGGCGGCGGAUCGCGGCGCCUGAAGGGCCUCUCCAAGAAGGGCCUCUCCAAGGGCUGCUUCGGCCUCAAGCUCGACCGCAUCGGCUCCAUGAGCGGCCUGGGCUGUUGAGCGUCGUCGGGGGCGGGCGGCGGGCGACACCUAGCGGCGGUCUCACACUCCUUCUGAAUCCCCUCGUCCUUCUCGGCGGACAUUUUUGAACAUCUUCUCACAAUACUUCUGGGUCACCGCUGAUGGACCGCCAAGCAAGAGACAGCAGGCCUGGCUUGGCACACCCUGUUGGUACGAGGCCUUGUGACAGAACCAGCAAUUUGGGGGUCGGGUGGGCUCGUUUUGUUUUUGAAAUCCAUAUUCUCCCUUCCUAUCUUAACCCAUAUAUCUAUAUAUACACACAUAUACUCACCCCAAACUCCUCCCUCCCGCUACCCGUCAUGACAAGGGACUCUUCCAUUCCCAGAGACUGAGGAAGCCAGCUAUAUCCCAUACAGUUGCUGUUUGUACAUUCAUGUCACGCAUAAAUGUAUUUAUGUUGUAAAGCUAUUUAUAUAUUGUUUAUAAAGAGAUAUUUAUAAAAAAUUUUAUUUAUGUAACUAAAUGAAAAAAGGAGUCUAGCAUUGUAACUGUUUUUUUUUUGUUUGAAAUAGUUUGAAAAAAUGACAAAAAAAUCAUUCCAUGUACAAUU